UCAUGCCUGGCAGAUGCGCGUGCGUAUGGCGCAAUAACCAGAAGGAAACACUGCUCAGCUCCACUCCUUAUGGGUCUGUGGCUAGUGGGAAGGCAUCCCCGACAUCCAGCAGUGGGGCUCUAGCCAGCCACUCGUAUUUUAUUUCUGAAGUCUUACUGCGUGCUAGGGCCCUCUCCCAUGUGGACAUAGGGAUCAGAGGGCUGUGGUGACGCACAGGCAUGUGACUGACACCCGUCCCCCAAGGGAGGUGGCUGGACAGCCCACUGGCAGCACCGGGUGAAGACACAGCCAGGCACUGACCAUUUCUCCUGUGUUCGUGGUGCCUUCAAGGCCCUCCCGUGUGCCCUCAGAAUGGCGUAUACCUGGUAUUGGCUUGAUGACUUGGGGCAGUGGAUUGAAUAUGGGAAAGAGAACCCAAUUCACCCCCAAGCCAAAGUAAAUUCUGCAGAUCUGGAGAAGGCAUUUCUAGCUGACCAGAGAGGUACUCUGGUAUUUAUGGCAGGUUCUCAGAUAUACGAAUUAGACUUCAAAGACAUGGUCCAAAGAAAUUUGAUCUAUGCAACUCAAAGAAAAGUUAUGCGGCUGCCAAAAAAUUCAUACUCUCAACGUGAGCAAGACAAAAGCCUGUAUACGGAGCCAUCGAGUUCACUUUAUCCUCCAGAAUGGGACCAAUCAGCACUGCCUGAAAUUGGGUACAAGUUGGUAGAUGUUGGCAGCACUUCCAGUGAAUAUAGAAGAAUUGAGAGUCUGUUUCAGAAGACGAUGAAAGAUUACAAUAUCUGCCGGCUGCAGAGGAUCCAGAAUCCAACACUUUGGCAAAUUUUUCAAUGGCAGAAGGAGCAGAUGAAGAAGCUCCAUAAAUCGAACAGGGUGGAUGAGCGGCUUCUGUUCCACGGGACAGACCCAUGCCAUGUGCCGUCCAUCUGUGAGCAGAAUUUUGACUGGAGGAUCUGUGGCACUCAUGGGACAAUGUAUGGAAAAGUCUGCCCAUCCUGCUGGGUAUGUCCUCACCCAGUUCCCAUCCUGCUGCUGAUGUCCUCAUCCCGUCCCCGUGGGAAGAAUCCCUGCCUCAUUGCCCUGGAUUUUGGCCAGAAGAACCAGGGGUACGGCAGCUACUAUUUUAGGAUCAUUGUGUGCAACCUUCAGUUUACAUCAUUCCUAGGAGUCGUCCAACCUCCAGGUGUGGUUUGAUGCUUCUCCCAGUGCCAGUGCUGGUGACUACUAGGGUGAGCAGGGUCAAAUGCAGUGCAUUGACCUACUUGAAAGCUGACUUAACAAAACAAACAAACAAACAAAACAAACAAAUAACCCAGCCCCAAACCACUUGAAAUAAACAACUGCAAAAUAUCUGCAAGAACAAUUCCUGGGUUAGCUUGUGCCUGGACUGAUAGAAGAGGUGAAGCUGCAGCACUGACCAGCAAAGGAUGAUACUGAACCUAGAGCCCAGGCAGGGCUUUGUAUGGUAAAAGAUUUGGGAAUACUUGGGUCAGCAAGAUGUUGAAGCCACUAUUAAAAAUGAAAAGCAACUCCAUCUGCAAAUACUUCUUCAUGGGGUUUUUUCCUUGAUAUUACAAAUCUGCCAGAACUUCUUGCAGACCUGAAAUUUGUGCUGCCUCUGGAGCACCUGCAUGCCUCCCAAGUUCUGCAGCUGUGAAUGAAAGCAUUCCUCAGCACCCUUUCAGAUAAGAAAUGCUUGCAGUUAGGCAGCAAUGUGCAGUUGUCGCCACUAGCAAUGACACCCCAUCUUCUUUCUCUGUACUUGAACUCCUGAAGAUCUCCUGUCUUUGUGAGUAUUGGCAGCUUCUUCAGUUAUUCCUUUAACAAUUGCCUCACAGGAGCCAGUAACAACUUCAGAAGAAUCAGUCGUUUUACACUUAAAAAUAAGACGCUUCUUCCACAUACAGAGAAAUACCUGCUUUUAUUUGCCUGCAAAGAUGUUAGAUCAAGUGAUUAUUAUAAUUCAUUUCUAAUUGAUUUCCUGGUGGUGGUGCUCUAAGGCCUUCUCAGUGCCUCUGGUUUUAACAGUGUUUGGUUAUGUAUUUAUGCACCUGUUCCAGGCUUUCUAUUAAAUGAACCCUCAGCAAAUUUUAAGGCCUUCUUUUAAUGUAGUGACGCCAAGUUUCACUUUGCAGCAUUUUUUUAAGAAUUCUUUUAACAGUUACAAGAGGAUUUAUUACAGGGUGAUUAAACUGUAGAAAACUAAUGCUCGAUUGAACAUGCUGAACAACAUUCCAAAGCACUUAAACUCCUAAAAGUCAAUCUGAGCCCCAUAACCUGGUACUACCACUGUAUGAGGGCCAGGUGGAGAAAACACAGAUAUUGUUCUUGGCGUGACAUGCUCAACAAUUGCAUUAUUUAACAAGGCUCUUUAUGAACAGAGGGAAUAACAGUCCAGAACUGAUGUGUGGUUGAGGUAAUGAUGUGGGACCAAGGGUUUGUAGGAUUGCAGAAGGCAUCAUCGGCUGGAAUCAGACUUUCAGAGCCCAGGGAAUAACUUUAAUUGCUCCUGUUCUUUUGCAGUCCUGCUUUUUUUUGCUUUUUUUUUCUUUUUUUUUUCUUUUUUUUUUGUUGUUGUUGAAGUCUGUUGUCUGAUAUAUUGAGUCCUAGACACAGUUUCCAUUCAAAGUAUCUUUCCAAAAUUACUUUUACAUCUAGCUUACAAAUAGGCGCGCUAGAGAAGGCUGACCUGGAUCACAUCCAUCUGUUCUUAAUAAGCUUUGAUUUUCAUUCCAGAUGCUUUACUGCAGUGUCAAAGGACCCAUUAAUCAGUGUGCCAGAGCUCAACCUGUAGAUACUUGGCAAGUGUCUGCAUAUGAUAUUCUAACCACUGGAGGAAGCUAUGUCUUUACUCAUUCCCAAAGAGAAGUAUUAUUUCACUGUGUGUUCUCUGAAUCAUUUUUCUUGGGCUGUAUCUUCAGCUCUGGACUCCUAAAAAUUCUCCUUCAAAAUUAUUUUCCCUUUAUUAAAUCCAAAGGAGAUGUUAGAAGUCACGUUGGUCUUUGCUUUCUUUAACAUUUUGUGCACUCUUUCAUGCUUGCAUUCUGUAAAUCAUAGUCAUAGAAUGGCUUGGGUUGGAAGGGACCUUAAAGUCCACCCUGC